UGCACAUUCGCCGCAAAUUUGCGCUCUUCAUCAGUACCAUCCUAGCCCGCACAGUGAGCUGACAAGAACGAUAACCGGAAAUAAUCGGCUAGGCACAUCUCCGAUACAACGACUGCUGCCAUCCACCUGGCGGUGCCUUUGUGGGGUCUCCCCUCUCCGUGCUCGUUCAACAUGGCGGCGAUCACACGGCUAGGCAGAUUGAGCCUGAAACUCGAGAAAUUGUGGGCCGUCGGGCCUCCGCAGGCCCGCUUUUUGUCGUCGGUCGUCAAGCAUCGUGCACCAUGUCAGGCCCCGUCGGUGGCGCCACAGCCUGCACAACAAACGCAACUGCUAAUUCAGGUGCAGGCACCAACACAGUUCCUCCCGUCACGGUCGUACAGCGAGAAGGCGCCGCUGACGGUAGAAUCUAUCCGCGACAGAACCAUGCUCGUGUUGAAGCUGUACGACAAGAUUGACCCUGAGAAGCUCACGCUUGAAUCGCAUUUCAUCUACGACCUGGGCCUAGACAGCCUGGACUGUGUCGAAGUCAUCAUGGCCAUCGAAGAUGAGUUUGGUUUUGAGAUUCCGGACACGGAUGCAGAGAAGUUGGUGAAACCUUCGGACAUCAUUCAGUACGUGGCCGACAAAGAGGACGUUUACAAAUAGGUGGUGGCUACUACUAUAAGAGGUUGCCGAAAGUUUUGUACGGGCUUGGCAUGGGCCUGUCUAUCUGAACCGUCGUCGGAGGAGGAUAGUGCGCACCUAUUCAUUUUUUUUUUCUGUGUACAGUAGACAAAUAAAUCCUGGUUUGUUCUA